AUGUAUAUUUUUUUUUCUCGUAGCCUUAUAGCCAGUGAUGUUAUGGCUCGUGGAUUGGAUAUACCUAAUGUUGACAAUGUAGUUAGCUAUGAUGUCACAUCCAACACUACAUACAUUCAUCGUAUUGGAAGAACUGCAAGAGCUGGAAGACCAGGAACAGCUGUUUCACUUCUUACUCUAGAUAAGAUGCGCAACUUUAAAGGUAUACUCAGAAAUGGUGGACAGAAUGCAAAAGAAUUUACAGUUCCUACUAGUGAUUUGGAGCCUUAUGAGGAAAUGUAUGUUGAAGCUUUAGCAAAGAUGAAGGGUAUUCUACAUGAAGAAAAGCAGAAGAAGCGAGGAAAUACAGAGAGGGAGAAUGCACACAAGCAUAGAUGCUUUGUUGAAAAGAAAAAAGUGCAAGGAAACAAAGAUUUCUCUUCAGAGAAACUGAUUCAUAAUUGAAAUGAUAGGUACUAGUAGUGCAAAUAAAGUGUAACUGGUCA